AUGAAAACUGAAGACAUCACCAAUUGGCUAUCCCAGCUUGAACCCUUAGCAGGCAGUGGGUCGACUGCCCUCUAUCCAAAGCCGACCGACAACAAUCAGCAUCAACCUCCAUCACCGCCCGAAUCGCGAAAAAGACGCCAGACGAUGACCGACGACUCGCAUCCGACGCCUAAGAGGCAACGAGUGGAAGAUAACGCCAGCGACGUCGAUGAUACACCGAGAGCAAGCAGCAGUCGGAGGGGACGGGGAUAUCUCCAGACGGCAUCACCAACAACUUCCCUACCGGCCCCUUCAGAGUCGCAAUCAGGACAAUCACAAACAUCCGGCCGAUCCUCGCCUCUGAAACAAAUUUCCUCUAUGGAACUAUACUCCGAUGGCUUCGAGACGCGGGUGCUAUCCUUGACGACUCCGACCUUGCCCCCCGUGCUGUCUCAACUGCUCAUGGAGCUCGAGAACUGUAGCAACGGCGUUGGCGUAAUAUCAAGCGAUCUGCAGGAGGAAAUCAAAGAACAAGCCAAACGAGACCUCAGCCUUCAUGUUUUUCUCGAUUAUAUGUUUGCAGCCCCUGCAGAUCGUGAUCAACUCGGACCAACCCCUUCGCUCGAUGACGUUGCUUACCUGGUCGAAGAGGCUGCAGAGUGCCAGGCCACAACGCAGUCCGAGUCAGGGUGGAACAUGAUGGUCCAUCAUCCUCUCUUAUACAAAGCCAUCUACGGUUGUCGAAGGCGGAACCAAAUAGUAGGCUUCGCCCCUUGCACGACCGCAAAGAUCAUCAGAGAAUACCUUCCUACAACUUCCCAAGCGAAGAUGGUCGACUUUUGCAUCUACCUUAUGCCAGAAACAGAACAAAUUGCUCUCAAUGCUACCAAGAGUCUCCGCCGAGCGCUGCCCUGUAAUGUGAUCAACCAUACUGACAUCGUUUCUCUCCGCAACCGGCCCAUCGCCGUCAGCAUCGAAACUAAGAGACGAGGCGGCGUUCAGCCAGCGACGGCGGAGUUACAAUUAGGCACAUGGCACGCUGCGCAAUGGAAAUUCCUCGAGGAUCUCGUCGCUCGAUCUGGCGGUUCAUUCGACGGACUACCGUUUCUACCGGCUAUUAUCGUGGAGGGACAUCAUUGGAGCUUUGCAGCUACGACGAGGGAGGGGCAGCAAACUGUGCUGUGGCUGGAGAAAGAGUUCGGGUCUACGAGUAGUCUUUUGGGUGUGUAUAAGGCAGUAUGGGGGUUGCAGCGUCUGGCUCAGUGGGCGAGGGAGGUUUACUGGCCAUGGUUUAGGAGGAAUGCUUUGGGUAUCCUGGAAGGAUGA